AUGCAAGUAAGAUCCAAGAAGGUGACACUGACCGGUUAUUCUGCUGAUGGUCUCCGGAAGGAAUCUCCGGACUGCUCAGUUGAAAUCCCUGAGGGUUCUGAUGAUAAAGUGAUCGAGAUGAUAUCUGCUUCUCGCUACGUUGAUGUGUACGAUCUAGAUGACCAUUUACACGACCCUAGUAGAGACAUUUUCGAUUACAAUAUAUCCGGUACCGCCACUGUCGCCCUCGAAUAA